AUGGGAGACGAUGACCAUGGUGGCUACGAUGAGGGCUCGGAAGAAUACGGGAAUCUCAGAUCCAUACAUACCCCUUCGGGGGUUCAGGUUGCCUCAGAUCUCGCUAUUAAUCAUGAUGAAAUUCUGGGGUACGACAUUAAUAAAGAGAACCCUGACAGCGAAGACGAGGGCGAAUUCACCGGCUUCAAAAACACGGCGCCUACCUUCCGCUAUCACAAGACUGUUGCUGUUGUUGUACUGAAGGACCGGCUUCGGAACUAUCUCAUCAAGGAUGUCGGGCCCCCCAGCACAGCCCAAAGAGCCAGCACUGACCGGUUGACCGAAAUGGUUCUCCGAGAUCUUGCCAACAAUCGAGACGAUGCAUAUACGAAGCAGGCGGCCGCAGGUUUUAUUGACAACGUACUGCUCCGCAGCAGAGAAUCCCAAGGACCAAUUGUCAGACUCAUAUCAAAGUGGGCAUUGGAACUCAACAACAUAGCAAUGUUCCGUACUUGCGUUCAAGCUACAUACGCGCCCUUAGCGUCAACUGGUCAAAAAUCCCAUCGUCCUGUGUAUGCAAAGGCUAUCAGCCAUGAACUUAUAAAUCAUUUCAGAACACGAUAUGUUGGCCAGGAACAUACCAUUGAUUGGGACUACUGGUUCAAGGAUUUCAACCAGGCUAUUGACAUAGCCACGGAAUUUGAUACCUUCUGUUAUUUCUUCCUAUCUUCUAUAACAAGCGAGCCCCUACGUAAUAGUUUCAAAGCAUGGGCAGGUCCCAUCUACGACAGAAAGCUAGCAUCUCAGACUUUAUGGACUCUUUCGGAUGAGGAAUAUAUUCUCCGUCUCAUUGAGAAGCGCAAUGUAUGGGCAUUGCAGAGGUGA